AUGGGUGUAACCACCACGCUUCUCGACCACCUCAAGGCAUCGUCUGGUCACCCGCCGUUGGUUGCACCCAUGUUGAAGUGUGGUGGGAAACAUUCAUACGAUCGGGAAAACAAAGAGAAGUCGAGAUUUCGUGGACUGUACACUUUCCAAAGUCGUCUAACAUUCUUUGAAGUAUUCUUCAAAGUAGGCGGCGUUAUAGAUUGUCGUACAACCUGUGGAAAAUUGCAGGCUGCCAGCUUCUAUUCGAAACUCUGAUAGUGCUUAGUGAAACCCACAAAAUAAAACUUAAAGUACUGUAAAACAUAAAAUUAAAUUAUUUCCUUCGUUUUUGUUUUCUAGCAAUUGAAACAUGCUAGUGUAUUAUUAUUUGCAAAUAAACAAGACUUAAAGGUACGAGAUCUAUAAGUGGAGUGAGCUAGCCCAGUAGAAAGGGAACUGUCAUAAAACACAAAGUAAAAUAUGCUAUAUCCUUCCUUGGCCUGGGAGCCUCGCGAUUGUGAAUCACGACCUGACGACCAUUGGCUCUUCGCUCACGAUAAAUGAGAACCAGGCUCUUGGGCCAUACCCUCGAUUUGUGACGUGUGACAAGUCACGCCACCUUGAAAUUAACGGCAAUUUCUUUGUCCCUAGGGCUCUAUGACAUCCGCUGAAAUCUCACAACAACUAAAUCUAACGUCAAUAAAAGAUCACGGCUGGCAUAUACAGGUUUGUGUGCGAUGUUAUAGGAAGCACAAUAUGCAACUCAUUGGGAUUAAGUUUAGCAUGUUGUCUUCUGCAGCUUGGGACACUAAAGGCCCUCUGCUAUGCACGUAAAAACGCACCAUUUGUAACAAACCUGCAGCAGACUUGUAGCAAUGCUGUUCCAACAACUUGUCAACAGGAUGUGUUCCCAGCUUGUUGACAAGUUGUCGACGGCUUGUUGACAUCUUGCUACAAUGUUAUGUUGAGCUCAACAGACUUGUUACAAGUUUGUUCCAACAACUUGUUAUCGUUCUGCAAUUCAACAAUUUCAAUUUGUCAACAAGUUGUGAGUGACAACUUGAUAGAAUAACAGCAUUGUCACAACUUGUUAACAAGCUACUGUACAAGCCUGUUGCGAACACAUCUUGUUGACAAGGAGUGUGAGACUUUUACUUGUGUAUGUGUGGAGAGCUUUCAUUCAGCAACCUGAGACUAAAUAGUUAGAACAUGAAGGAGCUCAAUAGACCAUUUCUGAAUUACGCUCUACACGUCAAGAACAAUAACGCCAAGUCGAAGCUUAUAAAUAUAGUGAUGAAAUUAUAGAAACAUUAUUUACAAUUUAACACGAAGCAUCGUUCUCAAAUCUCAGGCUAUUGUCUGAAUCGAUCUUAGCCUAAUGCUGGCUGCGGGCAUUCGAUCGUAAUCCAGAGAUGGCCUGCUGCAUCAUAAAACACAUACAAUUGACUACGACAUUUCUUAGUGCUGUCUUGUCUCAUCUUAUCUUGCCAGAAUUACGCAGUUCUUAAGUGCAGUUUUGAAUACCUUGGAAGUUGGAACAGUGACGAAGCUAACCAUGGCAACGACAACAUGCUAUGCUAAUAAAGCUGCAUCUAAAUAAACAAUACAUGUCUAAAAGUUUGAAUAAUUCAAAUCAUUAAGAAUUUGCAUAGCAUGACCUGUUGCUGUGGCUAGCUUCACCAUUGCCUUGUUGGUAAAGCAACAUUUAAUUACGCGGAUAGUGAGAGUAUACUUGCGUAUCUUCGUGGUCUUUACUAAAAACAAAGAAGUACCAGAUCGUAAUAUGAAUUAUCGCACCUGUAUACAGCUAUUUCAAUAGACAAUUCCCAUUAUAGACUAAUUUUAAAACUAGGCAAGGAGAUGCAAAUAAAUCACCACAGCUAGAAAGAGCAUACUAAAAUUAGUAAAAUUACAAAAUUUGGUUGCGAAAUGUUGUAAAAUGUGGAAAUUAUAGCCUUGCAAAGUUCGCAAAUUUUGUAUACUUUUGUAUUGCGUGCGACCAUUUUCGGCCUAAAUGUGGUAGGAAUGUGGUAGGAAUUUCCGCAAGCAAUACAAAAGUAUACAAAAUUUGCGAACUUUGCAAGGCUAUAUUUUCCUCAUUUUACAACAAUUCGCAACCAAACUUUGUAAUUUUACUAAUUUUAGUAUGCUCUUUCUAGCUGUGGUGAUUUAUUUGAGUUUCCUUGCCUAAUUUUAAAAUUAGUCUAUGAUGGGAAAUGUCUAUUAAGGUUGUCCACGAGCAAAGCGGAAAAGUCGAAUACGAGUGCGAAAGGCUGCUGGGAACCGCUUUGAAAAUUCAUUAAUUUGUUAGCGAUUCCCAGCAGCCUUUCGCGCUCGUAUUCGACUUUUCCGCUUUGCUCGUGGACAACCUUAAUUGAAAUAGCUGUAUACCAUUAAAAUGUUUUCAUUUCUACUGUUAGAAGUGAUUAGUUAUUUGCUUGGGUAAUCUCCACCACUGAUUCUAUGAAUUCGUAUAUACACUCGAACUACCAGCUAUGGACAGCGCCCACGUAUGUGGAGAGUUGUAAUCUUCACAUGUUGGAUGAGUAUUCAAUUAAAUGUAUCGACCGUCUUUGUUUCUCUUGCAGGCGUGUUGUGCACUAACUGGAGAAGGGUAAGUAGUAUUUAUAGCACAUGCAUGAUAACAUUUCUUGAAGAGUACGUAUGUUAAGUUGCAAGCUAGAAAUAUUGCCAUGCAGAGUUCAUGAUUAUUUUAGACUACAUUCAUACUACACCGGAGCGAAAUAAUGCCGGCAGAAUUUACGUGUGUUCACACUACAAAGUUACAGUAUGAUUACAAAUCAAAUUAGCACUCAUGUAAACCCAAAAUGUUUCAAAUAGAUCAAUGUCGAAUCGCGUCUGGCGUGUCUCGGCCUUUACGGUCAGGCUUCAGUCAAUGAUAUUUCUUUCAUUUGCAUAUUUAGUGUGUAUAGUUCAUGAAAUUCUGUAUAUACAAUUACGUUUACCGUCUGCCAAUUUUCAUCGUGUUGAGCUUCUUAAUAUGCAGGGAUGCAUCCACCCAGAUCUGGUAGGGUGUGUGCUCAUCGACCCUUCGUUGUGUAUUGUUUGGGAGUGCGACCAUUGACCAAGUUAAUCACCAGGGGCUAGGUAGUCUUAAUAUCCUGUUUUCCCUUCCUUAAAUGAGGGUGGAUGACGGGAAAAGUGGGCUUGACACAAAUCGCUGUCUGGCCGCAUUUAAAAAGCCAAAAUCCAGCUUUUCACCUGAUUGGUCUAUCAGACAAAAAAAUUAAUCUGUCUUUGAUUGGUUACUGCAAAUUAGAUUAAACUAUUGUUCAUGACAUACAGGGUGAGUAAAAAAAUCCCGACACCUUUGUUAUUCAAAUUAGCCGCGAAGGUAUCAGUUUUUUUUACUCACCCUGUAUUCAGUAGUUUUAAGUAUAAUUGAUUGUUGUUAUUGUGUGAAUUUGACAUUUCUCCUGGGAUAUUUUGAUUGGAUACUAAAUAUAAACUUCACUGUGGGUGGGUGGAGAGAGGUCGGAUUAAAGAUUGUGUCAGGCUCUAUUUGUAAAAUAACCUGAUACUUAGGUUAGGGGCGGUUAGGGGCUACGCACAGCAGUUGUGGGCACCAGUGUUCAGUUCAAUGAAAAUCUGGCACAAUGAGCUUCCGCCAUCUAGCACUGCAACGGCAUAAUGGGGGAUAUUUGAACCCGUGCAGGGUGCAAAAUUGAGCGACAACUGUGCGUGGCCGAAAUUUGGGAUAAAACAACUUUAGUAAGUUGGAUAUCGCCAAAAGUAACGGCUCUCUCGAGGCCAGGGGCCGGUUGUUCAAAGGUGGAUUAGCGCUAACCCUGGGUUAAAAUUUAACCUGCUGUUUUAGUUUGUGUAUUUCUGUACGUCUGUUUAUUUCAAAACUUCAGAGAAGUAAACUCCUAUCGAUCCAGACAAGAUCUCUGAAGAAAUAUUUCCAAAUUUAUAGACAAUCUGUCAGGAAGUUCACUUCGAAUUUUAAGUUAACCUAGGGUUAGCUAACCCAGCUUUGAACAACCGGCCCCAGAACUAUAGUAAUAUAGUUACCGUUAUUUUUAUCAAUUUUUGUAACUAGUUACAAGUUACCUUAAGUAACGAGUUACCGUUACACGUAUUCAAACAUGUAACUUGUAACGAAGUGACUCACAGCACUGACUAUUAUAACAUACUGUUUUUCAUGUAUUUUAGAUUAUAUUCCGGUUUAGAAUGGAUUGUUAAUCAACGAAGAAAAUAGAAGGUUUUUCUACGGCGCUUGGAUCACGCAUGCAGCUGCAACGCCAAGCAGUGUAUAUAAAGAAUUUAAAUAACAAAUGAGGGGACUUGGUGAAUUACUAACCACUUUACCUGCAUGCGAUAAAGGAAAGGUCCAAGACCAACAUGGAAACAAUUUGUGGUCCGGCAUUGGCAAACGACCUCGGUGGAAGAUGGAGUUCUAUGAAAGGUGCAAAGAAUGGAUGAAAUGCUCUGUUUUACUGACAAUAUUCGUAUUUCGAUAUAAAAUAUUGACGUUUUCAUUACAAAUUCUACACGUAUUUUACAAAUCGCCCUUCCCCGUGCUAUUUAAGGUAGACGUUAAAGUUCAAUUCGUUCAAAGUCACGCCACAAAGGGGAUAUUUCACGCCAAAUAAGAUAAGAUAAACUGGAGAAAAGAUGUCAUUAGAUAAAUUUUAGCAACAACAAACAAAGUAAUUUGCAAUUCAUUAUUCAUCUAAUGACAUCAUAUCCGGCAACUUCUACAUUGAAAAGUCGGACAUUUCUUUUUGGAAUGACCGAAAAACUAUAUACAUAACAAAAAUCACAUUUGUGGUAAGUGGUGUUUUAAAUAUAUUUUCUCUGAUGGUAGAUUGUGUAAAUAAUAUAAAUAAUUCUGAGAAGUAAAUAUUGUGCUCACACUAGUUCACAAUGCAAAUAAGUAUUAAUAGAUCCAUGGUUUUGAAUCCCAUGUACUCCUAGCCAUCACCAUUCCACGUGCGCCUUUAGAAUUAUUAUACGUCAAAUGUAUUUUAUUAGUCUUCAAAUAUAGAUAUGGACGUUUUAUCAAUAUACAAUUCAUUACUAUAUGAAAUGUCAGAUAGUAGAUUAACAAUAAUCAUGCUCCAUGUUUAUGGGGUAUUUCUGGCUAGACUGUGGUUGUAGAUUUAAUGAUCAAAUGAAGGGUUUACUGUAUGUGAGCGCCACUUUAGUUGUAGCCUUGCGGCAACCUGUGCGCUUCAGCUUGCCAACAUAUUGCAACUCUUGUACCAGAAAUCUCAGUUCUUCUGACUUAAGUUAGUGAAAGCUAUAAAAAGGCCUUCCCAGUAAUUGAAUUACAGCUUUGUUGCACAGUUUCGCCCUACCAACGUCAGCGUCCACCUGCACUGUGUGCAUAUAUGGAUUAGAGAGUGACAUAAUAUAUGUAUUAACACAAGCUACAGUCGGUGGAAUGAAUAUAACUGGAACGCUACCUCCACCUGGAGAUUUGAAGCCGAACUUGAAGGCCUGUCCCAGUCUUGCUUACGCGAGAGAAUCGCGAGGCAUAAACACGCGGGUCUUGACCCCCCAGGUAAUAGGCGGUUUAUCUGAAGGUAGCGACGUAGCGUUCCAGUUAUAUUCAUUUCACUGGCAACAGUAUCUCUACCGAUCUCUACAUCAACAUCAGAUGCAUCAACAUAGUCUGUAACUGCUUCUUAGUGUCGAGUUCGUGGUAAGGUUGUAUUUUCAGCCUGUUUAUAUGGGACCCACAAUCAUCCACGAAAUAUGUUGGAAUCCACAUUCUCCCUAUUUCUACGUUGAAUAGCUGCUAUACUGCCUUUCUAACAGAAACAUAACCUGACACUAGAACGUAACUGUCUCAUUGGCACUCAAAAUCUAACGCAGGCCUAGAAAUAUAUUUCUCUUCCUGGCAGAAAACUCCAGAAAUAAAACUUCUUACAUUCCUGCAAAGAUAUUGGUGCUGCUGGCGUUGCUGGACAUUUUCCAGCACAUGGUCUAACGCAUGAUACUCAACAUUUCAACAAUGUUACAAUAUAUUAGUUCAUUCAAUUUUCACUGUCCAAUAACAUUUGUUAGUAUAUUGGUUUUAUUUCGGUGUUUUUGCGGAAGACUUUCUGUAACGCCAUACAGUGUCAAUUCCAGCGCAAAUGACAGCUUCAGGUUGCCAGUCGGGCAAUGGAAAACGACACGCCAAUACUCUCGCGUCGCUCUUCAUCUCACAGGCAAAUUUUUCUUGUAAUUUGGGCAUCUGUAAGAUAUUUAUUAAAACACUUUGUGUGACGCAAAAUAGUGAAACUGUAUGGCAAAUCAAGAUUGGCAAGAAGAGAGCUCAAAACAAUAGUCUACG